AAGCGAGGCGAAGAAUCCGCGCAGUCUCGUGCGAACUCUUGCGCAACAGGCCGCGCCACGCCUUCCAUGCCCGCGGAUAAUUGACAAGAUGCUCAGUCGAAGAUACAUUAUAUUACUUUGUGUAACAUUAUGCGUGCUUCAAGUAAAAAGUGCUGAUAAAUACACAGACGAAAAUAGACCGUAUGAGUUCGGAUUUACCAUUGACGGAGAGCAACAUAGACAUGAAAAGAAAGAUGAAAAUGGGAUCAUCAUGGGCGAAUUUGGUUUCAUCACCGCAGAUGGCGUAUAUCACGUGACAGUCUACGCAACUGACGAAAACGGAAACUUUAAAAUUUUAUCGAUGAAAAAUAUUCGAGUAAAGCCAUACCCUACCGCCAAAUCUGGUCCUGAACGAGGGCGAUCUCUUGAAUACCCAUCAUCACCUCAAAUAUCUUCAAAACCUUCAGUGCAUGAACAAAACAAAAAGCAACUCAAAGAACUGCCGAAACCUGGUCCUGCUUCACCUGCUAAAUCUUGUUCACAUUGCAAACUUCCUACUACUACCACCACCACUACAGAAGCUCCAUACAUACCUAGUAAUAAUAAACUGCCGGUACCUGCAAUUUCACAAGAUAUAGAAAUACCACCUAAGUAUAACCAACACGAUGAUGUCAGUGCACAAGGCUAUCUAAAACAAGAUAAACAAUCACAACAACAACAACAAGUGAAACAAAUAGAACAAGAACAACAAGAACAAAGGAAAGAACAACAACUACGACAAGAACAACAACGACAACAGCAGCAACUGCAACAAGGACAACAACAAUAUCUACAGCAGCAGCAACAACAACAACAACUGCAAGGGCAGCAAAGUCUGCAACCACAAGGCCCGCACCCGGGACAACAAGAAGAACAAAGGCAGCAGCAAAAUGAAGAAGGACAGCAACUAGUAGGUCUACUACAACAAAGAAAGCAAGAACAACAGCAGGAACAGUUUAAUAAUGCACAAAAUUAUCCAGCACAGGCAAUUGAAUUACCACAGAGUAUUGCAACAAUUAAUGAACCGAACUAUCCACAACAGAGUUACACUAAAGAAGAGUUGCAAAGAGAAUAUCAAAAACAGCAGCAACAACAAGAACAACACCAACAACGGGACUCAAAUGAAUUCCCUCGUGAACAAAGUAAAGCUCCCUAUACUAUCGGAUCACCACUGAACUAUCCCCAACAAAGCCAAAGCGCCAAUGAUAACUAUCAACAGCCAAGUUACACUCAAGCUGGUAUACAAAACAGCCCUAACUAUGAAACAGGUACUAGCCAAAGUCAUACAAAUCUUGGAGACAAGGACGAAUCUAACUAUCCUGGAAGUAAUAUUUUACAAACUCAGUCAACAGCCAGCGAUAAUCAAGGUCCAAUGUUGCCAUUGGUAACAAAUCGUAACCCAAAAUCUUACGAUGAGCAAUUAAAUAAAGGUUUUAAUGCGUUAAGUUCCCCUGCUAACGCAUUUGUUCCUCAGGGGAAUUCCCCACCGAAAAAGCCGCAACUAAUAUCAGCUCAAAUGCAAAUAGUUGACAAAAAUACUGACAUUCAUUACAAGCGUCCCGGAGAAAAGGAAGGCCUACCCGAAGGUCUGACUAAAAAUGACAUGUCUCAACUUUUGUACACGUUCAAUUACACUGUAGGCUUCCACGGGCACUUUGAAGAAGGUUACAAAAAUGGUGCCAAAGUUGGCUACUAUUAUGUCACUGGAAGGAACGGAGUUCGCACGAGAGUUGAUUAUGUUGCCGACGAAAAGGGAUUCAGACCUAAAAUUACCCAAGAAGUUCUUGAUUUACUGUCGGACGAUGUACCUAAACCAGAUACGGAAAAAGAUUUAAAAUACGGACUUAAAGGCUAUGAAUUUAAAUGGCUUUAUUAUCCAGUAGAUACAAAAUAACUUUAAAUAACACUUAGGUAAAGUCAUCGUUGGAUUAGAAGAAACUAGUGGUAUAUUUAAUGGUUUGUAUAUAAAAGUAAUUUUUAACUAAUGCGACGGAAAUCUUACUGAAUAAGACUGAAUAUAUGACGAGAUGAAUAAAUAUGUUAUGAUUUAAAUCAAUUCAUUGGAUUCAGUUCAAUAAUUUUUACGUCGUUAUUCUAAAACCAAGUC